AUGGGGCUCCCACACUCAUACAUCCCAGUUACAGCUGAAGGGAGACGUGGAUACAUUACUCACCGAUUGGAGGUCCGGUCUGUGUGUUCGGAGGGGCCUGCAGUCCAUAGGCAUAGCAGAGCAGAGAAAGGCAGUGGCAGUGAAUGGGGGCUGGAUGCCACUUCUCCACCGUGUCCACCAGCUGAUCAGCAGCUGUUUUUUAGCAUACCUACGACUGAUUGGCUGAAUGGCGUCACCGGAUUUGUAGCGCUGCUUGCCAUGGGCUCAACUGAAAUAGUGAGCGGCAGCAUUUGCCUUCAAAUUCAACAAACAUUAAACUACGAUUAUGAAAAAAUGUGCAAGGAUUACAAGUGUCAACAAAGGAAAUCUGAUUGA